GGACGAGCGCACGCCACCCUUAGCAGCGCGGCCAGCCCCUGGGGCGCGCACCUGCCCCGUCGCGGUGGCCCGGCCGGGCGGGGGCGGUGCCGGGCGGGGAGCGGAGCGGAGCGGAGCGGCGGGCGGGGAGGAGCGGGGGGCGGGCACCGCUCGCCGCCGCGGGGCUGCGGCUGGGCUGGGCGCGGGCGGGUGGCCGGCGGAGCGCUCGCAGUCGCGGGGAGCGGCGGGGAGGUCGGUCGGUCGGUCGGUCGGUCGGCGGGCGGGAAGGAAGGGAAGGCAGGACAGGGCAGGCAGGGAAGGGAAAGGCGGGCGGGAGGUGGCGGCGGCGCCGCGCUCGCCCCGCUGCCCUGGAUGACGGGCGGCCGGUUCGACUUCGACGAUGGCGGCACCUACUGCGGCGGCUGGGAGGACGGGAAAGCCCACGGGCAUGGCAUCUGCACCGGGCCCAAGGGGCAGGGCGAGUACGCCGGCUCCUGGUCCCACGGCUUCGAGGUGGCGGGCGGCUACACCUGGCCCAGCGGCAACACCUACCUGGGCUACUGGGCACAGGGCAAGCGCCACGGGCUGGGCGUGGAGACGAAGGGCAGGUGGAUGUACCGCGGUGAGUGGUCCCACGGCUUCAAGGGGCGCUACGGGGUGCGACAGAGCCUCAGCACGCCGGCCCGCUACGAGGGCACCUGGAGCAACGGGCUGCAGGACGGAUACGGCGUCGAGACCUACGGGGACGGAGGUACAUACCAGGGGCAAUGGACAGGAGGGAUGCGACAUGGCUAUGGUGUACGUCAGAGUGUACCCUAUGGCAUGGCAACUGUGAUCCGUUCACCCCUCCGAACAUCUCUUGCUUCACUUCGAAGUGAGCAGAGCAACGGCACUGUUCUGCAUGAUGCCACUUCAGACAGUCCAGCUGGAACAAGAGGAGGUUUUGUGCUCAAUUUCCACAGUGAUGCAGAGGCAAUGGGCAUUAAGAAAAAAGGAGGCUUAUUCAGAAGAGGAUCCCUUCUUGGUAGUAUAAAACUUAGAAAAUCUGAAUCUAGGUCAUCGAUAUCUAGCAAACGGAGCUCUGUCAGGAGUGAUGCUGCUAUGAGCAGAAUUAGUUCUAGUGAUGCCAACUCUACAAUUAGUUUUGGAGAUGGUGACUGUGAUUAUUCCCCUAUGGAAGACCAUGUUGAUGCCACCACUACAGAAACCUAUAUGGGUGAAUGGAAGAAUGACAAGCGCAGUGGUUUUGGUAUUAGUGAGCGUUCAAAUGGUAUGAAAUACGAAGGAGAAUGGCUAAAUAACAGGAGGCAUGGAUAUGGAUGUACCAUGUUUCCAGAUGGCACCAAAGAAGAGGGAAAAUACAAAAAUAAUGUUUUAGUCCGUGGAAUAAGAAAGCAACUUAUACCAAUACGAAACACAAAAACUAGAGAAAAGGUGGAUAGAGCAAUAGAGGGUGCACAGCGAGCAGCUGCCAUGGCAAGAACCAAAGUGGAAAUUGCAACUUCAAGAACUGCACAUGCAAGAGCUAAAGCUGACGCUGCAGAUCAGGCUGCUCAGGCUGCUCGCCAGGAAUGUGAUAUUGCAAGAGCAGUUGCCAGAGAACUUUCACCAAAUUUCUACCAACCAGGCCCUGACUAUAUCAAACAAAAAUUUCAAGAAGGAAUGGAGGUGAAAGAAAAAUCUGAAGAAAAAGUUCAAGAAAAACCACCUUCCCCAAAAGAGUCACCUCACUUCUAUCGAAAAGGUACUACACCCCCUCGAACCCCAGAAGCAAGCCCAAGGCAUAGUCCUCCUCUUCCUUCUGAGUCUUCUCCUUCAAAACAACUGAAAAAGCAAAGCUCCACUUGUGGGGCAAGACUCAAUCAAGAAAAAAAGCUUUUAGCCACUGAGAAUAUAACACCCACAAUUAACAAGCCUUUAUAUUCAAAAGCACCAAUGAAGGAGGAAGUAGCUGUGAAACACCAGCCAAAGUUUUCAGCCCAUCACAAUCCCAUCAGCACAGAGAAUGGGGAGCUGCAUGACUACUACCAUGGCUAUUAUGUAAAAAUGAAUCCAACAGUGCUUCCACAGGAGCUCAGGGAAGAAGAUGAAUAUGUCAACCCAUCACCGUCAGCACUCGCACGGAUACCACCCUCACAGAAGCCAAGUCCCGCUAGGUCUGGGGGUAAGCCAGAAGCCAAAGAAAACAAACCUGACACAAAAAUUAAGAAACCAGAAUUUGCCACACCAAAGAAUCCAGCUAAUAAUGAGUCACAUUCAGCAGUGAAAAAAGAAGUAGAAAACAGCUCGGGCCCUAACUCAGUCAUGAUCGCCCUGGUAAUGCUGUUGAAUAUUGGUUUAGCCAUUCUUUUUGUCCAUUUUCUAACUUGAUUGGAAUUAGGCAAGUGAAUUCAUGACAACUAGUGGUGUUAGCCCACAGUUCUCUGCAGUUGUGUCAUCAGCCUUUUAAAUGGCACCUGUCGUACUCAGACACAGGGAAGGAGGCUUGGAAUUGGGAUGGGACGCAAGAGAGAUGAAACUUGGAAAAUUCAGCCAGGGGCCCAGCUCAGUUUCUCUGCUGAUGGCUCGUGGCUUUGGGGUCCUCUGAAAGCUGAAGCAAGCAGCCAUGUUGGAAAACAAACAAAAUAAUCUGCUGAAGCAGCCCCGCCAGUGAAGUGCGUUGGCUUCUCCAUCUGUUCCAGCAGAGUGUGACUAAACUGGAAAUGUACGGAGCUGCACUUUUUGUUGAUGGAAGCUAACAGCUGCCUUGCUAUUUUACCAUCUGAUGUUUUUAGUGGGGAGAUGGGAAAACGACUGCCAGAGGAAUGUGGUCAGAGGAUUCUGUUGCUGUGGAAGUGAUUCCAGCGUUCACUCCAAUCUCAUUAGAAGAAAUAGUUAGCAUCAUCAGUCACCAGUCUUAUUCCAUUACCUGCUGCUUUUAACAUCUCCUGCAGUGUUCUGGGAGAUCGAAUUUCAUUUGCCUGUGCAUGAUUUUGUUCAUUCGUUGUUUAUGAAAUUUGAUGUAUAGCCAUAACAUAGUGUCUAGUACAACCUGGAGAAAGCUACCAGUUCUGCCCAGCAGCAGAAGCAGAAAAUGAAACCUGUUUUUCUAAUCCGAAGAUAAAAUUCUUAAAUCCAUUUUCCUAAACCUGAAGAGCCAUUCUGCUUUACAGUUUAAUAACUAAUAUACCAUGACUGCAAAAUCUAAAGAUGUUGAUACCUUCCUAAAAGUGCUCAAUUGCUUAUGCCAAUAGCAAGCAAAAUUUUUCGUAAUAAAACAGGAAUCUUAAAUUGAUAUCAGCACACUCUAAACAGGAGGUGGAAUAUCAGAAUAAGCCGAGAAAGAUGAGAUACGGGGUUUGCAUGUUGACUUUUUUUUCCUUCUUUUUUCCUGAGGUAUUUUGCCAGCGGUUAAACUAAAGUCUUGUCUGAGUACACAUUCAUGCCAAUGACAGUUAAGCUAGCUAAUGCUCAUAAUAAAUUACUAUAAUUUUAAAAUACUAGAUUUGUGUUGAAUACAUUCAGGUAGAGCGUUUAGAAGUGUUAAAUAACUGUGUAUCGAUUUGAUGCCUUUGGUGUCUUUAAAGUCCAUUUAUAAUUUUACCUCAGCAUUAAAAAAAACCUCAAAAUUUUUCAUUUGGAAAGUUUGUCUUAAGUAGUUUCACAGCCCUUUGUUCAAAUGAUGUAAUCAUGUUUCUUUUUAUGUGCCAUUAUACUGUAAUUAUUGUACCCUAUAUUAAUCAAAAGCAUGCUUAUUUACUGAAAAUAUGUGGUGUGAUCAUUUGGCAAGUAAAUAUUUUAAUUUAAAGCUGGAAAAAGCAAAGGGCUUGUAUUAUGGUUUAUUUUAUCUCUAUUAGAAAAUCUUUCAUACAGUAUAGUUUUUGAACCUGUUUGUAAACUUCCUAAGUGUUUGCAUGGUUUAAUGGGCAACAUUCUUACAAAGUACAUUAGCUAUCUUUGGAUGCAGCGUAUUAAAGUAAUGUAGGUAUGGACUGAAUAUUGUGCAGCGAAGCAGCUCCAAGCAGGGGAGUAACACGGUGGUGUUUUUUACAGAAGUAUGUUGAGAAUCCUGUGUUUUGACCAGUGUGGAUAAAGAAGAAAGCAGAAAGAGAGCAAAUGAAAAUAAAACUUGUAUAUUUAUUUUUUAAAAAAAGUUUAAAUUGUGUUUUAAAUUUAGGAAAGUCAUUUUUAAUUAAGAACAAAAUUUUAAAAGUUGCUGUAUAAGCCUUGACAUAAUGGACAAAAUGUUCCAUCCAACAGUGAAAUCACCCCGUUUCCUUACAUGGAAAGGUAAUUUUGUAACUGACAUAUUUAAUUCCUAUUAAAUGUUUAUUUAAAAUACUUUAUGCUCGGGAAAUAAUGGGUAACAAAGCUUAUGAAAAUGUUUAUAAAUUUAAGUAAGCAUGUUAGUACCAUUUAUAAAUAUGUAUGAUUUAUAAGCUUUUUUAAAACAAAGCUCAAACAAAUUGUUGGUAUUUUUCUAAAAUGUGCACAGCUGUAUUUUACAUGAAAGGCUAUUUAUAAUUGGUUGUUAUACUGUACACUACAUUUUGGACAGCACAAUGAAGCCUGCCAAUGUACUUAAUAAUGUCAUUUUGUCUAUUUAAAGUUUCUUGCUGUCAAA